UUUCUAUGCUUGUUUAUUUAGCAUUAUAAAGCUUACGUUUUUAUUUUAUCUUAAGAAAGUUCUGGAAUUCUCAUUUUUAGCGUAGUUCUCUUUUCGAACAGAAAAUUAACCAUGCCUAAGUACUAUUGUGAUUAUUGCGACACCUAUCUGACUCAUGAUUCUCCAUCAGUUCGGAAAACUCACUGUGGGGGAAGGAAGCACAAGGAGAAUGUUUGUACAUACUAUCAAAAAUGGCUUGAGGAACAAGUACAGAAACUUGUUGAUGACACUACUGCUGCCUUCAAAGCUGGGAAGAUUCCAUCAAAUCCUUACUUGAAUGGUCCUGCUGGAUUGGGAGCAAUGAUUCCUCCUCCAAUGGCAUUAGCCCCAAGACCUCUGGGGCCACCAGGUGCUCCCCCAAUGUUCAUGCCCCCUCCAAUGAGGCCCCCCAUGGGGUCUCUGCCACCAGGUCUUGGCGUUAUGCCACCAGGUUUGAGGCCUCCUCCGAUGGGCCUCCCUCCGAUGAAUAUGAUGCCCCCUCCGCAUGGAAGACCAUAAUUACGAUUCUUAUUUUCUUAUCUCUUUUAUAUUUAUAUCCCAUCGUUAUUAUUAUUUGUGACAUAUAUGUAGAAAUGUUUUAAUGUUAUUGAAGGACAUUAAAUAAUGCAUGGUGGUGGAGUCUUGUCCUUAUUAUGCUAUGUUGCUAUGACGCAGUUUUUAUCACUAUUACUUCUUGGCUAUGCUGUUCUCAGUUUUUUAAAUCGAUUGGUUGUUUGGUUAGUUGAUUGAAUAAAUGAUUGAUUGAAUGGCUGGUUGAUUGAUAGUACAGUAUCCAAACAAUAUCUAAUUUGUGUAUAAUCUAUUACGGAACUCGCACAAUAGUUCGAUUUGUGGCGCUGAUAAAGUGAAUAAAGUUGGUAGUUUGAUAUUUGACUCGUUAAGUACUCAAUCUUCUGAGUGUGAAAAUGUAUAAUUUGGCAAUGGACAUCACUACGUUUUUGACAUAGUCUCUUGAAUCAUUAUUUAACACUGAACUCGAACUAUGUUUUGAAUGUGUAGCUGAUGUAGUGAGUAAUUGAGUUAUUAAAUUCACCUGAGUUCCCUAUCUCCUGGGCGUGUAAAUGUAUAAUUUCCUAAUGGAAAUCUCAAAGUUUUUGAUAUAUAGUGUACAGAUAAUCGACCGAAUAUUUAUCGUUUUGUACAACUGAACACCGUCACUAUAGUUCGGGAUUGCGUAGAAUGUGGUGCUGAUGUAGUAAUUGAAGCUGAUAGUUUGUUAUUAGAUUC